AUGGUUGAAGGUGACCGAUCAUCCAAGGAUGAUCGGAACACCAAAGCCGUUUUAUAUACCGUGAGUCCAAUAAUGUUGGAUUCAAAAGGUAGAUUCUCCUUCAAACGCAUCUCCCCUCACAAUUUUCGGAUUUUAGAAUCUCCUCUUGUGAUCAAAGAAGGAGGUUUGUUGACAGAACACAAGCCAUUGCCGGAUUUUAGUAAAGGAAAAGAGGUAAUUCCUUAUAAUUUACCUUCAUCUCCUUUACCAAAUUCUUUGUUUGUUGCUAAUGACAAAGAAGCCUCUUCUUCAAAGAGUACAUUUGUUGAUAUUUUGAAGAACAACAAGGAUAUUGACCUCAACAUAAAGAUUCCUAAUUUUUCUUCAAAUUCAGAUAAUUCUAUUGUGUGGAUCAAAAAACCACACAUUAAAAUCACUUGGAAUAAAAAUCUUGAUAAGUUUGAAGAUUCUAAUGUGGUUCAACUGGAUAUUGAGAAGGAAAAAUCCAAUAUGCAAGUUUUGAACAAAUCUUUGGUGGUUAAAAUCCUUGCAAAAAAUGUUCCUUUCUCUAAAUAUUCUAUUGAACUGAGAAAACAAUGGAAGAAUUAUGGAGGAUUUCAUAUUACCAUACUUGGUCUAGAUUGGCUAUUAUGUUCAUUUCAAUCUCAUGAAGCCAUAGAAGAAGUCCUCAAUGGAGGACCUUGGUUUGUAGGAGGUUUUGCAAUUGGUUUAGACAAAUGGACUCCUAAAUUCUCCCCUAGUUCAUUAGAGGGGGUUUCUUCCCCAAUUUGGGUUCGUCUUCCUCACCUACCCCUUCACUGCUGGGAUGAAUCCAAUAUCACUAGAAUUGUCUAUAGGAUUGGAACUCCAUUACUACUAGAUGGCAAUAUGUUCAGGUGGGGAAGAAGAGAAUUUGCUAGAGCAUGCAUCCGAGUUAAUUUGAACUCUAAACUUCCUACUGGAAUAUGGGUUGAAGGGUUGUAUGGUAGAUUUUUUCAAAAAUUUGAAUAUGAAAAUCUAUCUUCACUUUGUUACAAAUGUGGAAGAAUAGGACAUAUUGAAUCAGUUUGUCCUAAUGAGGAAGAGAUUCCAUCCAUCUCAAACCAUAGCAUUAAUCCUUAUGGCCCUUGGAUGCAAGUGAAAUUCAAAAACAAAAAGAAAUCAUUGAAAAACCAAUUCAAUGCCAAGGGUAUUUCAGCUGCAGUAAAAUCUGGAUCAAGUCUUCCUAUUGAACCAGACGGUAUUACUCAAACAUUGGCAGACGGGAAUGGUUUAAAUCAGAAGAUAGAUCAAGCUGAAGAUGCAGAUUUCAUUCUUCUAAUGGCUCCUCUAGUUCAAAGCAUGUCUUAUUCAAAAAACUUCAAACUUUGGGUCCGAUGA